GAUAUUGUCACUGAGGCGGAAAUGAAAGUUGGUUAGCGACAGCGGCGGAACACAGCUGAAAAAGAGCUGUAAUGUCAUGGCAGCUGCCAGUGUGAGCAGACCUGCCGGUUCCCAGACCACUGAAAAGUCUCAGUUGAUCUUGAAAGUGGUUUCAGCGAAGCCCCAGUCUCCCAAGCUGCCAAACCGCCACUCUCGACUCAGCUCCUUUGUGGAGGUGACUGCCGACGGUCUGACCAGUGAAACCAAAAAAACAGGCAAACGCAGCGGACAUCUUGAGCUGCAGUGGAAUGAAGACCUCACCCUUAAUGUAACGCCUCAGAGUCAUCUGGAUCUGAAGCUUUGGAGCUGCCACACCCUGAGGAAGGAGCUACUGGGCAGUGCCACCAUAGACCUGUUGGACACACUGCGCACACAUGAUGGCAAGAUGGAGAACGUCCAGCUGAGUCUGGUGCUACAGACGGAGAACAAAGGCUUGGUUGUAGCGGGAGGCGAGCUCAACGUCUGUCUGGACGGCAUGGUUGUUGAUCUGGGCUCGCUGCCCAAUGGCAGCACGGCAGCAGACAAGAUACUUCAGUCAGACAGACCCAACCUGAGGAGAACACAGAGUGAGGAGACUCCCAGUGCUGUUGGAUCCCAGAGCAGGAGUAACAGGCACUCGGUGGGGGGUUCGCAGAGUGGCUCCCCAGGGUGCUCCAGAGGGGUGUUUCUGACUAAUGGGGAGCUGACUGAGGAGCAGAUCCCUGGGCCGGGCUCGUCUGGUCGCCGUCAGUCCUCCAAGAGUCAAGGAAGCCCAGGAAACAGUGCAGACAAAGUUGAGUUGACGUCAAAUGGGCUGGAGAACAGUCGAGGGGGCGUUGCCCGCCACACACCUCCUCCACCCUCUCCGUCCGUCCGCUCCCCAGCCGCCAGCAGCAGCAACGGUAGCCCCUCUCCAGGUCAGGACGCCCUGGGUCCGACAACCCCGGCGGCACCCACCCCCAGCGCCACCUCCAGCACAGAGCAGGCCAGCAGCAGCACCACGACAGAGUCGACCACAGAAUCUCUCCCGGCAGGCUGGGAGCAGAGGGUGUUGCCUCAUGGCAGAGUGUACUACGUCGACCACAACACCAAAACCACAACCUGGGAGAGACCACUGCCACCAGGCUGGGAGAAGCGAGUGGACCAGCAGGGCAGAUUCUACUACGUGGACCACAACACCAGAACCACCACAUGGCAGAGGCCCACGGCCGAGUCGGUGCGCAACUACCAGCAGUGGCAGAGCCAGCGCAGCCAGCUGCAGGGCGCCAUGCACCAGUUCAGCCAGCGUUUCCUCUACCAGCCGUCUGGUGCUCCGCUGGAAAAUGACCCUCUGGGCCCGCUGCCUCCUGGAUGGGAGAAGCGUCAGGACAAUGGCAGAGUGUAUUUUGUCAACCACAACACACGGACAACACAGUGGGACGACCCGCGGACCCAAGGGAUGAUCAAGGAGCACCCCCUGCCCCCGGGCUGGGAGAUGAAGUACACCGCAGAGGGCGUCCGAUAUUUUGUGGACCACAACUCACGCACCACCACCUUUAAAGAUCCCCGACCUGGGUUUGAGUCAGGAUCACGGCAGGGCGGUUCACCUGGCGCCUACGACCGCAGCUUCAGGUGGAAAUACCACCAGUUCCGUUUCCUUUGCCAUUCCAACGCAUUGCCCAGCCAUGUGAAGAUCUCUGUGUCCAGACAGACGCUGUUUGAGGACUCAUUUCAGCAGAUCAUGAAUGUGAAGCCGUACGACCUUCGCCGCAGACUCUACAUCAUCAUGAGAGGAGAGGAGGGGCUGGACUACGGCGGCAUCGCCAGGGAGUGGUUCUUCCUGCUGUCCCACGAGGUCCUGAACCCCAUGUACUGUCUGUUUGAAUACGCCGGCAAGAACAACUACUGUCUGCAGAUCAACCCGGCUUCCUCCAUCAACCCCGACCACCUCACUUACUUCCGCUUCAUUGGACGCUUCAUUGCUAUGGCUUUGUACCACGGAAAGUUCAUCGACACCGGCUUCACGCUGCCAUUCUACAAGCGAAUGCUGGACAAGAAGCCCACUCUCAAAGACCUGGAAUCAAUAGACCCUGAGUUCUAUAACUCCAUCAUGUGGGUCAAAGACAACAACCUGGAGGAGUGUGGUGUGGAGCUGUAUUUUGCACAGGACAUGGAGAUCCUUGGGAAAGUUUCCACUCACCAGCUGAAGGAUGAUGGAGAGAACGAGCUGGUCACGGAGGAAAACAAGGAAGAGUACAUCAGCCUGCUGACAGACUGGAGGUUCACCCGCGGCGUGGAGGAGCAGACCAAAGCCUUCCUGGACGGCUUCAACGAGGUGGUUCCCCUGGAGUGGCUUCGCUACUUUGAUGAGAAGGAGCUGGAGCUGAUGCUCUGUGGGAUGCAGGAGAUCGACUUGGCCGACUGGCAGAAGAACACCAUCUACAGACAUUACACCAAGAACAGCAAGCAGAUCCACUGGUUCUGGCAGGUGGUGAAAGAGAUGGACAAUGAGAAGAGAAUCCGUCUGCUUCAGUUUGUGACGGGAACCUGUCGGCUGCCUGUCGGAGGCUUCGCUGAGCUCAUAGGAAGUAACGGUCCCCAGAAGUUCUGCAUAGACAAGGUGGGGAAGGAGACUUGGCUUCCAAGAAGCCACACAUGCUUCAACCGUCUGGAUCUGCCGCCCUACAGAAGCCUGGAGCAGCUCCGAGAGAAACUCCUGUUUGCCAUCGAGGAAACAGAGGGGUUUGGACAGGAGUGAUGCAGCAAACUGACACAAGACAGCUAAAGGACAGCAGUCCUUCAGUGGGAUAGUUUUUGUUAUUAUAAUUAUUUUGCAUUUGUUAAUCACAGGACUGAGAAUCACCUGUCAUCUAUCGCCCCUCACCCGGGGUAGGAUCAUGUUUGUGAACUGAAUCUGAAGUGGGAUAAAGUUGGAUCUGAGAGAUGGAGACACAAGAACAUGGAGGAAGACUGUGUGUGUGUUGUGUGUGCGUGUGUGUGUGUGUGUGUUGUGUGUGCGUGCGUGCGUUCGUGUGCGUGCGUGCGGUGUCACUUACCUUAAUGCCAUUGUGUAUAUGCAUAUAAAUGGUGUGUAAGUCCAAGAGAUUGACAGGAUGGCACAUACAGAGAAUUAUAUUUGACUAGUCUCACACAUACAUCUCUACUCACCGCUUAGAAACGCACUAAAACCAGACAACAGGAUCGUUUUAACAUCAGCAGCGACUCACAACAACAGCACAGCUACCCACAAAUGCAGUAUAACAUAUCUACCAGAGAAAUACAUUUUUUAACAUUUUAAAGUGAUGAGACAGAGACAGAGUGAGAGAGAGAGAAAAAGAGAGAGAGAGAGAGAGAGAGAGGCAGUGUAUGAGAGAACUGAGUGCAUGUGUGUCUGUGUCCGAGGGACAGGGGGCCAUCAUCAUCAUCAACUAGGACACCUCUGUUACAAAGGCUCGAGAGACGAGACGUUAUUUUUUAUUUUCCUGUUAAUUGUGAAAUUAGCAUUUUUCUCCUGUACAUAACUAAAAUAAAUGAGAUUUCAAUCUUGA